AUGGGCAUCGCAGCGACUUCAAGGAUGCCAAAGACCAAUGCGUCGGAACUGGAUCUUUUGCUCGGUGAUGAGGCAGGAAGCGCGAGUAGGUAUGACGCAAAGGAGAAGGCUCUUGUUCUGUCCGUUGGUGAGAUUCAAGCGCCUAACGAAGAGCCCACGACGCACGGCUUCAGCUGGCGAACGCUGUGGGUGUACGCAGGUCCAGGAUGGCUCAUGAGCGUUGCUUAUGUCGAUCCUGGUAAUCUGGAGAGCGAUUUACAGGCUGGUGCCUAUGCCGGCUACCAGCUAACGUGGGUUUUAUUCGGUGCAACAGUCAUGGGACUUUUCUUACAAGUGCUUGCAGCUCGACUGGGUGUCGUUACUGGCAAAAAUUUAGCAGAAAUGUGUACAUGUGUCUAUCCACGCUGGGCAUCAGUGACUUUGUGGAUUAUGACAGAAAUUGCAAUCGUUGCAAGUGAUGUCCAGGAAGUUUUAGGUUCAUCGAUUGCAUUUCAAGUGCUUUUUGGCUUUCCACUUUGGAUUGGCUGUCUUAUUACAGGAUUCGAUACAUUUACAUUCUUGCUCUUACAUCGUUAUGGAAUUCGGAAACUUGAAGCGUUUUUCGUUUCAUUGAUUUUAGUGAUGCUCGUGUGCUUUUGUGCCAAUCUAGUACGUGGAGAGGUAGCGUCAGUAGACAUUCUAGGUGGUUUUGUACCACGAGUCGAUCGCUACGCUGUGACUCAAGCUGUUGGUAUUCUAGGUGCUGUGAUUAUGCCUCACAAUAUCUUUUUACACUCGGCACUCGUUCAAACACGACAAGUAAAUCGACACGAUGGGCGCAACGUGCGUGAAGCAAACAAAUAUUUUGCAAUCGAGUCGACACUUGCUCUAUUUGUAUCGUUUUUAAUUAACUUGGCAGUGCUCGCAGUUUUUGCCAAGGGAUUUUUUUCGUCAGAUUGUACCGCAUCAUAUGAGACAAAUGGAAUUAAUACGGCGUGUGUUCCGACUGCAAUUGUCGAUGGUGUUACGUAUGGUUCCUGCCAACUUGCAAGCGGUGGUACAGGAAUGUGUCAAGAAAUUGGGUUAUCACGUGCUGGGGUCGCACUUAGUGGUAUGCUGGGAGAAUAUGCGGACACGAUAUGGGCCAUCGGCUUGUUAGCAGCAGGACAAAGUGCCACUAUGACAGGAACAUACGCUGGUCAAUUUGUGAUGGAAGGUUUUUUACAACUUCAUCUAUCACCUUGGAAGCGAGUUGCACUGACACGAUGUGUGUCUCUCGUUCCAGCUAUGACUGUCGCAAUACUAAGUCAACGGAACCCCGCAGAUAGUGAUCAUAUGGACGAAUUGCUUAAUGUGUUGCAGUCUAUCCAACUUCCAUUUGCAUUGUUGCCUGUACUAACUUUUACGAGCUCCCCUGCAAUUAUGGGUGACUUUGCAAACAGCAAAGCGACGAUAUUGACGGGCUGGCUCAUGGGUGGUGUUGUCUGUGUCACGUAUCUGUACUUGCUCUUCACGAAUCUUGAAGGGCUUGAUUUUGGUCCAUUGGGACUUUUGAUGCUAACUUGUAUUGGCUGUAUGUACUUUGGUUUUUUGGGAUAUCUCGUCCGUGCUGAUACAACUCUCUCCACUUUACGCACAAGCACUUGUAAGACCUUGACGUGA